AUUGCCUGUAUGAAGCUAUAAUCGUUAGUGUACAGCAUUAGUUAUGUGAAUGGUGACUGGGAUUGGACUCCUUGGGUUGCCAGUUUUCCUCUGCUGCAGUUGCGAGCUGUCUUUAUCCGUGUGUGUGCCUGUUAUAAAUUCUGCACUGGGCCUAAAUAAUAUAUCGAUACGAAUCGUAUGUGAUGUGGUACCAAUAUUUUGUCUUUAUAACACAAUGUUAGCCCUGUAUUUCGUCCGUCCUUAUAGGAUUUUGCUAAAGGCAGCAGAGCAAAGAUGUGCUAACUGCUGAGCUGAAGUGUCAUUCAGCACAGGUUAUGAUCGUGCGUAUUAAGCGUGAACCAGUGACAUUUUGAUCAGUUCCGAUUAUUUUUUUAGUUUAACCACACAACAUUGUUGUGUUUUAGACAAGCAUUGUGUUAAGCAUUGCAAACUUGAGCAAAAUAUUUUUUGUCAAAUGCGCUCUGUGUACCUGUGGUUUAGUGCUAUGGCUGCUUCCAGUGCGGUCACAUCGUGAUUACAGUGUCCCAUCCCCUUUGUAACUCCAUAUCUUGGAUAGCUUAUCAGGUUUAUUCGUUUGAUUGAUGACUUGCAUUAUUUUGCGUGGAAUAUUUAGUUAGAAAGCAUAUAAUGCUAAAGAACACGGUAGUAAAAUGCAAAUGUGUUUUAACGUAGUUACAUUUCUUAGCUCUCAAUUUCACAAGGGCGCCAAUGCCUCCGCUUUGGAGAAAGAGAUCGGCUCGGAGCAGUUUCCUGUCAACGAGCAUUACUUUGGAUUGGUCAACUUUGGAAACACCUGCUACUGUAAUUCUGUGCUCCAGGCUCUGUACUUCUGCCGGCCGUUCCGGGAGAAGAUCCUCGCCUACAGAAGCCAGCCACGACGCAAGGAGAACCUGCUCACGUGCCUGGCUGAUCUGUUCCACAGUAUAGCUAACCAGAAGAGGAAAGUAGGGGUGAUACCCCCUAAAAAGUUCAUCACGAGACUACGGAAAGAGAAUGAAUUGUUUGAUAAUUACAUGCAACAAGAUGCACAUGAGUUUCUGAACUACCUGCUGAACACUAUAGCAGACCUGCUACAAGAAGAGCGCAAGCAAGAUAAACAGAACGGCAAACUGGCCAAUGGUACACUUGAUUCACAGAACAAUAACAGUACCCCACCCUCCUCCACCUGGGUUCAUGAGAUCUUCCAGGGCACGUUGACCAAUGAGACGCGAUGCCUCACUUGUGAAACGAUAAGUAGUAAAGAUGAGGAUUUCUUGGAUUUGUCAGUGGAUGUUGAGCAGAAUACUUCAAUCACACACUGUCUCAGAGGUUUUAGUAAUACAGAGACCUUGUGCAGCGAGUAUAAAUAUUACUGUGAGGAAUGCAGAAGUAAACAGGAGGCACACAAACGGAUGCGGGUUAAAAAACUUCCCAUGAUCCUCGCUUUGCACUUGAAGAGAUUUAAAUACAUGGAACAACUGCAACGCUACACUAAGCUAAGCUACCGUGUGGUCUUCCCUCUGGAGCUCCGCCUCUUUAACACAUCUGGAGACGCCACCAAUCCCGAGAGGCUUUAUGAUCUGGUCGCUGUGGUGGUGCAUUGUGGCAGCGGUCCAAAUCGGGGACACUACAUUGCUAUUGUAAAGAGUCAUGAUUUUUGGCUGCUGUUUGAUGAUGACAUCGUAGAGAAAAUUGAUGCCCAGGCGAUUGAGGAGUUCUAUGGAUUAACCUCGGAAAUCUCCAAGAACUCAGAAUCCGGUUACAUCCUGUUUUACCAGUCCAGAGACUGAGAGAGACCAGAGGGGCGUCCGAUUAUGGACACCUGUGCGACAAGCGUGCCUGUUUGCAGAACCCUGCCGCAUACCACCCGUGCAGGUUCUUUACUGCAGCGGCACCUUACACACCCCACCCGUCCAAGCCCUCCCUCGCCGGUCUCGAUGCAGCAGUUAUGUUGGGCAUGAUUCAGUCGGAAGGCCUUUUGAACGUUGUCUGUCAGUUGUAUUUUCGUUGUGGGAGCAUUUUAUCACUCGUGUUAAGUCCUUUACUGUAGAGAGAAUGUGUUUUAAUGUAAGACUGUAGGAUUUGACGGGGAUUUGCAUCAACAUUCAAGCUGCAACCUUGUGAUUCCUGUGGCUGUGAGGAGGCUGAAGACUUGUGCAUGGGGGAAAGGGGUGUGUUUAUUAUAAUGAGGGGAGGGGUCUACACGCUCCAGGUGUGGGGCACUGCGGGUUAUGUAUUUCUACCUUGUACAGAGUGAUAUUUGUAUAAAUAUUAUGAGAAUUAUAAUAAUAUUACUGAUAUAGCCAAAAAAGAGGAUAGAACCAGAAAAGAUGUAUAACACUAUGGUGCACUUUUGAUACAGUUUUGUAGAUGUUGGCAGGUUAAUGUGAGGGUUUGCUUGAGAUGGCCUGUUGUGAAAUUAUCAUUUUCUGUUUUAAAGAAAAAGAAAUAAAAGUGUAUACACCAAGAAAGGA